AUGGAGCUGCCGUGGGUGCUGCUGGCGCUGGCUGGGACGGGCGCAGCCACGGGCCUGGCCCUGCUGCCCUACGUGCCCCGCGUGCCCCCCGCGGCUCUGCCAGGGAAGCUCACCGCCACCACCUUCGCGCUGGAGAGGCCCUGCUGCAUCUUCGACCAGCACACCAACGCCUCCGACACCGUCUGGCUGGCGGUGGCUUUUGCCAACGCCUCAGCCGCCUUCAGAAACCCCCCGUCCCGGGCCGACGUGCCCCUGUACGAGAGGCUGCCCACCACCCACUCCUACAUGACACUGGAGAUGGCGGCGGCCGCAUACGCCUGCUCGGCCCCGAGCCCGGCCAUCCUGCGGGUCGGGGGUGACACGGCAUGCGGGGGCCAGGGUGGCCGGGACCCCUGCAACGGGCUCCUGCCCUCCCCGGGGCCCUACAGGGUGAAGUUCCUGGUGAUGGGCUGCCACGGCCCCAAAGCAGAGACAAGGUGGUCUGACCCCAUCCUCCUGCGGAGAGCCGGCAGCCCGAGCACCAUCGACCCCGCGCCCGUGCGCCGCAGCAGCGACGUGGUUGUCAUCACCUCCAUCCUCGCCAGCCUGGGGGCCGUGCUGGCCGCAGCGGUGCUCGGCGCCGUGGGCGCCGAGGUGUGCAGGUCCCUGUGCCACCGGGAUUCGGGGACCGGCGCCUUCGCCCGCAGGUCCUACAGGACCCACCACAUCCCCCCGGCCCUGCCCCAGCCCCUGCCCCCCGGCUGCAGGUGCAGCCCCCCGGGGCUGGGCUGCUUUGCCCCCCGGCCUCCUGCUCCGUGUCCUGCCAAGUAA